AUGAACUUCUUUACUAGAGCCGCGAGAGUUGCCUUCCGGAUAAAGCCUUACACUCCUGCUGCUCGCUUCUAUGCUAAUGAGGCACCUUCCAACAACCUAAAAUUUAGCUUUGCACUACCUCACCAGACUAUUUAUCAAAAUGCUGACGUCCAACAAGUUAACAUUUCGUCAACUGCUGGUGAUAUGGGUAUUCUUGCCAAUCAUGUUCCAUCUAUCGAACAAUUGAAACCAGGUAUAAUUGAAGUACUCGAGAAUGCCACUACUACGAAAAAGUUUUUUGUUAGUGGGGGAUUUGCCAUCAUCAAUAGUAAUUCAUCACUUGACAUUAACGCCGUAGAAGCGUUUCCUCUGGAAGACUUUUCAAUCGAGGCCGUCAGAACAGGGUUGGCAGAAGCUCAACGAACAGUGGCUUCAAAUUCAUCAGAAGAAGAAAAAAACAUUGCUAGGAUUGAGGUUGAAGUUUAUGAAGCUCUUCAAAGUGCUUUAGGAAAAGGCUCUUGA